CUCCAAAUGUUGAAACUCAUACCAAGUGAGUAGAGCUGUCGCAGUCAAAAUCUUUCUGUAGUUUUCCUGAUGAAUGUAAAAGUGGUUUAGUGCUGUGGAAAAUCACUAAAUUUUACCUAUAAAAUCAAACUCAAAAUGUCAAACAAUGCAGCACACCGACACCGGUACAAAAAUCUCGGUCUGGAUUCGACAGAGAUGCGCCGGCGCCGAGAGGAGGAAGGAAUACAACUGCGCAAACAAAAGCGCGAACAGCAGCUUAUCAAACGGCGAAACGUGAAUGUUGCCGAAGAACUGGACCAGGAUGCGAUUCUAACUGACGAAGCACAAUCGGCGGAUCAGCAUGCGUUGAUUAAACCGGAAACCAUUCAGGCACUAUACAGUGCCAGUGUAGAGGAACAACUUGCCGCGACACAAAAAUUUCGCAAACUGCUUUCUAAGGAACCAAAUCCACCGAUCGAUCUGGUUAUUCAACACAACAUCGUGCCACGGUUUGUAGAGUUUCUUGCCAAUUCAACCAACUCAACAUUGCAGUUUGAAGCUGCCUGGGCUUUGACCAACAUUGCAUCUGGUACCUCCGAACAGACUAGCGUUGUGAUAUCGGCUGGGGCGGUUCCAAUUUUCAUCAAACUACUAGAAAGUCCGCACAGUGACGUUCAAGAGCAGGCCGUUUGGGCACUUGGCAAUAUCGCUGGUGAUUCACCGGAGUGCCGAAAUUUUGUGUUGGAUGCUGGUGUAUUGGAACCAUUGCUAAACGUUCUGAGCACUUCGACCCGGCUCAACUUGACGCGUAAUGCUGUCUGGGCAUUGUCGAACUUAUGUCGCGGUAAAAAUCCUCCACCGGACUUUUCCAAGGUUGAAAAGGGUCUUCCGAUUCUAGCCCGGUUAAUGUUCCACAACGACGUGGAAGUUUUGGGAGAUGCGGUGUGGGCUGUGAGCUAUCUAUCCGAUGGACCGAACGAUAACAUUCAAGCAGUCAUUGAUGCCGGCUGUUGCCGAAGGCUGGUAGAGCUCUUAUUGCACAGCAACAACAACGUUGUUUCGGCAGCUCUGAGAGCAGUCGGCAACAUCGUAACCGGAAACGACACUCAGACGCAGCUAAUCCUCAACUGUAAUGCCUUACCGUGUAUCCUGCAAUUACUGAGUUCACCGAAGGAAACAAUCCGGAAGGAAGCCUGUUGGACUAUUUCGAAUAUCGCGGCCGGUAACCGGCAACAAAUACAGGCGGUUAUCGACGCUACCAUAUUUCCGAGUAUCAUUGAUCUGCUGUCGAAGGCUGACUUCAAAACUCGGAAAGAGGCUGCCUGGGCGAUAACAAACGCUACAAGCGGGGGUACUGUAGAUCAGAUCAAAUACUUGGUUCAAUCCGGAUGUAUACCCCCCAUGUGUGAACUGUUGACUGUGAUGGAUCCGAAAAUUGUGACGGUCGCCCUGAAUGGCUUGGAGAACAUUCUGAAAGCAGGAAACCAACAUAAAGUAAAACCCAACCCGUACGCAAUGCAGAUUGAGGAAUGUUAUGGUCUGGAUAAAAUCGAAUUUUUGCAGUCGCAUCAAAACAAAGAAAUCUACGAGAAGGUAUUCAACAUCAUCCAGACCUACUUCAGCAAUGACGAGGAGGAUGUUGCAGUGGCACCUUCAGCCGAAAACAACCAAUUUCAGUUUAAUGCCGAUCAAUCUGUGCCAAUGGACGGUUAUCAGUUCUAAGCUGCAGGCAAUCUUAUAAAUAUCCAACACAUACAGGCAUGUGCAAGACAGACAAAAAAAAACCAAAAACCUAACCGCUCGUGACUUGCACAAGACGAGACAUACGACUUUUGAGUUUACGCUACAAACACCCCAAACUGGGAUAGGCUUACCACAAAUGAACCGUAUAGAGACUAGAUACGGUAGAUCAUAGACCAAUAAGAAUCAUAUUGACAAAAGUAUAGUUACAGACGACCCAUGCCAUUUCUUUCAUGUUGAUGAAGCACGAAUAAGGGAAAAUGUUAGAAAAUCAGUGUCAUCGAGUGAUGACAAAGUUACACCGAGACGGCUCUAGUUACUACUGUAGAGCGAAAAUGAUGGCCUUUUAUCGACCACCUGUUUGUGACGAGACAACACCCUCGAAGAAAUUUGCAGAACAUAUAUUUCAAUCUAUAAAGAAGAUAUACUGUUUAACAGCAGCAUAAUAGAUUUUUGUACCCUCUUCAUACGUUUCGCAAUCUCGGCCCUCGCUAUGUGUUGUAAAGUAUAGCGGAGAACACAGGAAAGUAGAUCGCAAAACCGGCAAAAACAAAUGAAAAAAGAAGAUAUAAUAUUUCUGACUAAUAACAAAACGACAUGUGAUUAGUGUUUCCUAGUGCUGCGAGUUGAAAUGGCGCAGACUAGCCAAGAUAAAAGUAUCCGAACGGAAACAAUCAUAAA